UGUAACUUUACUUCACCCAGACAUGAUGCAGCUCCGGAAGAUGUGCCUGCAUAUACUUGGAAUGUUAGUUAUGGGCACAGUGUAUGGUACUGUUUCAGCAGAACUUGUAAGAACACAACGUGUUGUUACAGCCACACUGGGAGAAAAUGUCACCCUCAGGUGUGAGCUAUCAAAAUCCAAAGAUGUGUUACAAGUUACUUGGCAGAAGACAAAAGGACAAUCGUUUGAAAAUAUUGCCACAUACAACAAGCGCUUUGGAGCAACAAUUACAGAUGCUUUCAGAGACCGCAUGACUGUCAUCCAAGUGAGAAAAGAUGUUUCUUGUAUAACCAUUCAAGGAGUUAAGGAGGCAGAUGAAACCUGUUAUAACUGUUUAUUCAAUGCAUAUCCUGACGGAGCAAUCAUUGGAACGACCUGUCUAUCUGUCUAUGAAAUACAUGAGCCACAUUUCGAAGUAGAGAGUAUUUCGAAGCCAGAGAGUGGUCAUGAAGAAGUCAAAUCAAUAACCUGUUCAGUUACUGGAAAACCAGCGCCAAGCAUUUCAUGGAAUGCCACUGAAGAUGUGUUUGUAAAUCAAGAACAAUACUCUGUUGUGAAUCCUAAUGGAACAACUACUCUGAUAUGCAAGGCCACUGUACUGCCAUCGAGGAUUUCUAACAAAGAGGUAGUGGUAAACUGUAUAGUUACCCACCCGGCAAUAACAAGUGAAAAAAAAAUAUCCAGAGUUAUUAGUGAAGCACCAACCAUUGAGUCUUACUUGGAAAAAAAAAAAUCUAAACCACUAAAAAAUGCAGUAACAAUUGGACUUCCCAUUGGAUUAUUAUUAUUAUUAUUAUUAUUAUUAUUAUUAAGUGUACUUGGAGUUGUGGAAAUAUUUAAGUUCGGCAGGAAAAAAAAUGGAAAAAACGCUGAAAGCCCUCAGAAAAGGUUUCCAAAGGACAAUGAAUCAGGAUCAGUCAUUGAAAUCAAUGAUCCCUUGAGGACUCCGUUAAAAAAUAUAAGUUUGAAUACAGAUCAACCUCUUGCAAGCCCAUUGAGGAACAGGACACCAUUAAAAAAUAAAAAUUGUAAUGGAUUUUCGCCAUUGGAAGGAUCACAAAAUACAAACCAUGCUCCUUUCAGGCACAUGACUCCAUCCAAAAAUAAAAACCUUUCUAAAAGUUUGCUAAGUGACCAAUCCCCUGCUUUGAAGAACACUACUCCGGAAAAAAAGGAAGCCAAAAGUAAAAGGGCAAUACGCUAUUAACUAUAAUAAUAAAAUCAAGACGUAUUGGACUAUUGAUUAAAAUCUACAUUUUCCAAGAUACACAACGGGGGACUGUAAAAGAUGAAGAUUUAUGGCCAAGUAAACAAUAUCUACUAUAUAUCAUGAGUUGCUAUAGAUUUCAAUUGUUCAUACUUCAUACAAUACUCCAUUGAAUAUCUUUAUUGUUGCAUCUGAUCUCCUGUUUCCAACACCUACUGUACUGUACACAUGUGAGCACUGAAAUAUGCUAUAUUUUCACUUUCAAAUAUUCAGAAUGUUGUACAUAUUUCUUAUGUAUUGUU